GUAUUUUGUUUGCUGUCCCACAGGAAGACAGAGCUGAUCAAAGGCUGCGAAAGGAAGCACAAGUGACUCUCUAUCGCAGUUACAGAGUGGGAGAUUUUCCUGACAUCCAGAUUGCAUACAGCAACCUCAUCGCCCCUCUACAAGCUUUAGCACAGAGAGACCCAAUCCUUGCUAAACAGCUGUUUAGCGCCCUGUUCACUGCUAUCCUUAAAGAAACGGGGACACACAGAUCACCCGCAGAGAGCCACAAGAUUAAAGAUGAGCUGCGGUGUACCAUGAAUACAUUCCUGAGCAAGAGUACACUUUGCUUUCCUCCAUUUAUCUCAUGUGUGCAGGAGAUGUGCUGCCAGCAUAAGGAGCUGGUACAGGUCAGUCCAUCAGCCAUCAGCUCCACUUGCCUCGGCAGUCUCCAGCAGCCUUCAGGUAUCCUGCUGCUGGAAGAGGGAAUAUUGCACACUGGUGGCCAUGAAGAACCUCCAGCUAAGAAAUCACGAGGACGCAAAGAAAUCCCUCCAGACACCAAUAAAUGGAUCCAACUCGCAAGGCUUUACCGAUCUUUAGAAGAUUAUGAUGUUGUGCGUGGCAUAUUUGGAGGGAAAGUUGGGACCAAGUCGAUAACAUGUGCUGCACUUCAGGCUGAAGCCAACACUGACUUUGCCGAAGCUGCAAAGCUUUACAAUGAGGCUCUGAACACUGAGCAUUGGAGCGAUGGGGAACCCACUGAUUCUGAGAAGGACUUUUGGGAAAUAGCUGCAAUGGAGGCCUACAAUCACUUAACUGAGUGGAAAUCUUUGCAGUACUGUUCCACUGUCUACAUAGAUGAAAACUCUCCUCCCGACCUUGAGAAGAUGUGGUCAGAUUCUUUCUACCAGGAAAUGUACCUGCAGCACAUGAUUCGCAGCAUGUUGAAGCAGCUACAGUUGGGUGAAAUGGACCAGACCCUUCUCAGCUUUAUUGACAAAGCAAUGAAGGUUGAGGAGCGUAAAAAACUGUUGGAAAGCCGGUACAGCCAGGAGCUCUGCUUACUCUACAUCCUGCAGGAAGACUAUGACCGUGCUAAAUACUACACAAACUACACUAUGCAGCUGUUUAUGCAGAACUAUUCCAGUGUGGAUACGCUAUUGACUAAAAGUCGACUGACCAUCCUGCAGACACUGCAGCCCCUGACUGAGAUCCAAGACUUCCUGCUCUUCAUUAAAGGAGAAGUGUCUGUGACUUCUGUCAAACAUCUCAUCAGAUUGUGGAUGGACAGGUAUCCGGAUGCAAAAGUGGAUCCGGUGAAUGUGUGGGAUGACAUCAUUACAUCCCGAUGCUUCUUCUUGGAUAAGAUCAGGGAAAAGCUGAAGAUCCACACUUCUACUGACAGUAUGGAGGUUGAUGGUUCAGAAGACACAGUAGAUAACGUCGACAUGUUAAUCAAUAACUGCAAGUUCAACAUGAAGCUACGUAUGGCUGAUAGCGCUUGGAAACAGAAUAAUUUUCCUGUUGCCACCAAGCUUCUGAAGGAGCUUCACAAAGAAGCCAAAACUGAAAAAAGCUGGUUUCUGCAGUGGGUCCACAGUUUUUGCCGCUAUAGCCACAAACGCAGCCAGACCCAAGGUCCUGUGGAGAAAAUCAGUACCAUGUUGAAGACGGUCCCAUUGUUGGAGGACCUUCAAACUGACUGUCAGAGUGCUACAGUCAAAGUGUUCAGAGACCAAAAGAUACUUCUGGGUACAUCUUUUCACAUCCUGGCCACAGCUGUAAGUCCCUCAGUCCUGGAAACUAUUGAUGCUGACAAGGCAGAGAGAGUUAUAAAACUUUCUGGCAGUGCUUGGCCCACAGAAAACCCAAAGAAAGUGGAAAUGGGGCUGCAGAUAAAAGCACUGGAGUUGCUCUGUGAGGCGACCAGAAAGGCUGAUGAAGAGCUUCAGUCUUACACUCAAGACUGUAUAGAAAUCAGCAGCAUCUUAGACACCUACAUGGCUUUAGCUAACUUUUGUGACAAACAGCUACGAGAGGAGGAGCAGAAAGAUGAUAGUGAGUGUAAGUAUCAAACCUCAUACCAGUGCAGGUACCAUAAAGAGGACCUCAUCCCUUAUUUCUUCCAGAAGGACUG